AUGCUCACGGAAUACACGAAGCGCACGAUCAUCAUCCUCUUCGGCCCGCCGGGCGCCGGCAAGGGCACGCAGGCGCCCCGCAUCGUCGAGCAGCUCGGCACGCCGCAGCUGAGCACGGGCGACAUGCUGCGCGCCGCCGUCGCCGCGGGCACGGACGUCGGCAAGGAGGCCGACGGCGUCAUGAAGAGCGGCGGCCUGGUGAGCGACGAUUUGGUCGUCGCGAUCAUCAAGGACCGCAUCGACCAGCCGGACUGCCACCGGGGCUUCCUGCUCGACGGCUUCCCGCGCACGGUGGGCCAGGCGGAGAAGCUCGACGCGCUGCUCGCGGCCAAGGGCGAGUCCGUGACCAUGGUGCUGCGCCUCGAGGUCCCGGACGCGGACCUCGAGGAGCGCAUCUGCGGCCGCUGGAUCCACAAGGCGUCGGGCCGGUCCUACCACGCCAAGUUCAAGCCGCCCAAGUCCCUCGCGGAGGGCGCCGAGCCCUCGGCCGAGACCAUGCUCGACGACGAGUCCGGCGAGCCGCUGAGCCAGCGCGCCGACGACACGAAGGAGGCGCUCCAGAGCCGCCUCAAGGGCUACCACGAGAUGACGACGCCCCUCCUCGAGCACUACAAGCCCGUCGUCAAGCUCGUCGACGCGGCCAAGAAGCCCGCGGAGAUCUUCCCCCAGGUCGACACGCUCAUCGCGAACUACCUCCGCUUCUGA